AUGUCGACUCUCGAGCUCUCCCCAGAUACCGAACAGGGUUCUCGACCUGUCUACAAGGUCUACAAGCGACGCUUUUGGGGCCUGGCUCAGCUGGUAUUGCUGAAUAUCGUUGUUAGUUGGGAUUGGCUGACCUUUUCGUCCAUCUCGACAACGGCUGCUGAGUACUUUGAUGUCUCGGAGAGCGCUAUUAAUUGGAUGAGCACUGGCUACCUCUUUGCCUUCUGCGCUGUUAGCCCCAUCGUCAUCUGGAUCCUGAACAAAGGCGGGCCCAAACCAGCUAUAAUCACCACCGCCGCAUUGUUACUAGUCGGUAACUGGCUCAGAUAUGCCGGAACCAGAGCAAACGGGGGCAUCUUCGGGCUUGCGAUGUUCGGCCAGAUCCUAAUAGGGUUCGCGCAGCCCUUCUGCCUCUGCGCGCCAACUCGAUAUAGCGAGCUCUGGUUCUCAGAUCAUGGCCGCACGAGCGCAACGGCUGUCGCCAGUCUGGCGAACCCACUCGGCGCAGCCUUGGGACAGCUCAUUGACUCGGAGUGGGCGUCGAAAGCCUCCGAUAUUCCAGAUAUGGUACUAUACAUCUCGAUCAUCUCCACCGUAGCAGCACUCCCAUCAUUCUUCCUCCCAGCAGCACCACCAACCCCCGCAAGCGCAUCCUCUGCAAAAACGCACACGCCACUAGGCGAAGCAGUGCGUAUACUAAUCAGCACACGGGAAUUCUGGCAGAUCUUCAUCCCAUUCUCUGUAUACGUGGGCUUCUUCAACAGCGUUUCCUCGCUACUGAACCAGAUCCUCAGUCCGCACGGAUUCUCCGAGACAGAAGCAGGCAUUGCGGGAGCUAUUCUGAUCGUGGUGGGACUCGUCGCAUCAGCAGUCAUGUCGCCGAUAACAGAUCGCUACAAGCACUACCUUGGCAGUAUCCGGGUGCUAGUACCUGUAGUGGCAGUCACGUAUAUCGGGUUGAUUUUCGCUCCGGGAAGUGCGGCGGGAAUCCCGCCAUCGUAUGUGGUGAUGGCCCUUCUGGGUGCGGCGUCGUUCGCGAUGCUGCCCAUUGUUCUAGAGUACCUGGCUGAGAUUACUUAUCCGCUCUCGUCGGAGAUUGGGAGUACCAUCUGCUGGACGGGUGGGCAGUUGCUUGGCGCAUGCUUCAUUCUUAUCCAGGAUGCGUUGAAGGCUGGGGCUGGGGCUGCGCCACCAUAUAAUAUGCGGAAUGCGUUGGUGUUUUCCGCUGUGGUUGCUGUUGUGGCUGCGCCCUUUCCGUUGACAAUUGGGCUUUUUGGAAGGGUUGUUCAUCGUCGUAGGUUGGAAAUUGAUCGCGGUAUUGAGUUGCAGGAUGCUGGGGAGGUGGCUAGGACGGAUGACAGUGUUAGGAAGGUUAGGUCUGAUGAUUCUGCUGUGGACACUGAUACUCUGAUCAAGACGAUUAAACCUUGA